AUGAUGAUAGUGCGAAAGGUGUGGGGCGGCGAUGCUGAUGAUGAUGAUGACGACAUCCAGUGGUCCAGACUGCAACUGUUAUUGUGUUCCUGUUCGCUAUAUUUCGCUAUCAUCACGCUCUUUGUGACCAUCACGUUCUUCAUCGCCAUCAUCGCCGGCAUGCAUGGCAUGGUCAUCAACAGCUUCAGCUUGAUGAAGACGAUGCAGUUCGGCGAUCGGACGUGGAUCAAUCAGAUGGCGCGCUGCGCCCUCGGCCUCGAUGACGAUAGCCAUGCCGCCACACGCCAGAUCCUGGGCCGGCAGCAUCCUGGAUUUGAGAUCACGGCCGCACUCUGCAAACAGCGUGUGGCGAUCAGAUGUUUGGUAUGCAUCCUACGCGCCAUCCUCGUUGAUGUCACGCCGACUGUGGCCAAUGUCGACAUGGAGGAGCUCUCCAUGGCUGCAGAGUCUGCCGUGGGGCAAGGGAAUAGCCCGCCUCGCCGACGGCGGAGCUCUCCGCUUCCUUCGCCUUCUGUGUCGAUCAAAACGCCGAGGUCUCCAUUCUCUGAGGAUGCAACGGGUCAGCGCAAGGCGAGCGCCACCCCGGUCAACUUCGGAAUGGAGACACCGCCGCGCACGGACAAGCUCAAGCCACUUUCCAGGCCGCCGACUCCAGACAAGACUCCCAGACGGCGUCUUAUUGAUGGAGGUCCGGAGAAGCCGCCGCUGCAGCCGCUCCACGAAAGAUCACAAGCAGAAGCUGAAGAGCCUAAAGAGGAGACAGAGCCGGCCGGCAAAGUACCGCCGAAGCCCUGGAGCCCCAGGAUACCUGCAAAGUCCAGGCAGGGGCCUUCGAACGACAGCCCGACUGGAAGGUUGUCGCCGCCGUCGACGGAUCGGGCGAGCCCGGAGACCUUUCCGCGGCCGCUGCCUCGCAUGGCAGCCACCUUGCUGCCAACCGUGCGGCCCAAGUCGGCGAAACCUGUCCAGAAGGCGGUGGCGUUCAACUGCUCGACUCCACGGCCAAUGACGUGUGGUGUGUGA